AUCUCUUACCACCUUAAGCUUCCAUGGCCUCUACAACGUUUUCAGUUGCCGGAAAAUCCAUUUUCCCGUCCACGCCGUCAGAUUCCGUUCAACCCGGCCGUCUGCCACAUGGGUUUCUCUCCAAGUGUAUUCUACCGAUAAAACGCGGCCCGUUGGACACACAUGUGGCCCGCGUCGCCACCAAACCUUCUGUUUUUGUUCCACCAACGCCACCGCUGCCACCAACGGAAACUGACUUUGAGAAGAAGCUGGCAGCAUGGAAGAGCGUCCGGCAAGAGCGUUGGGAAGGAGAGCUGGAAGUGGACGGCGAAAUUCCGUCAUGGCUGAGUGGGACCUACUUAAGGAACGGCCCAGGGAUGUGGCAUAUAGGAGACUACAAUUUCCGGCAUCUCUUCGACGGCUAUGCCACCCUCGUCCGCCUCCACUUCGAGAACGGCCGCCUAAUCGCGGGCCACCGACAGAUUGAAUCGGAGGCAUACAAGGCAGCCAUGAAGAACAACAAGCUAUGUUACAGAGAAUUCUCCGAGGCACCGAAGACCGACAACUUCCUAGCUUACAUGGGUGACCUAGCCAGCCUCUUCUCCGGUGCAUCUCUAACCGAUAACGCAAACACCGGCGUCGUUAGGCUAGGAGAUGGCCGCGUUGUAUGCUUGACGGAGACGAUCAAGGGAUCGAUCGAGGUGGACCCAGCCACAUUAGAUACAAUUGGGAAGUUUGAGUAUGAUGACAAUUUAGGGGGACUGAUCCACUCAGCCCACCCGAUCGUGACGGAGUCAGAGUUCCUGACACUUUUGCCGGACCUGGUGCGGCCGGGCUACACAGCGGUCAGGAUGGAGCCAGGAAGUAAUGAGAGGAAAGUGAUAGGAAGGGUGGAUUGUCGGGGUGGGCCAUCUCCGGGGUGGGUCCACUCGUUCCCUGUGACCGAGCACUAUAUCAUUGUGCCAGAGAUGCCAUUGAGAUAUUGCGCCCAGAAUCUACUAAGAGCGGAGCCCACACCAUUAUACAAGUUCGAGUGGCACCCAGACUCCAAAGGAUUCAUGCAUGUCAUGUGUAAAGCCAGCGGCAAGAUCGUAGCGAGCGUGGAGGUUCCGCUGUAUGUGACGUUUCAUUUCAUCAACGCCUACGAAGAAGAAGAUGAGGAUGGGAGGGUGACUGCGAUUGUCGCUGACUGCUGUGAGCACAACGCAGACACGACCAUACUCGAUAAGCUUAGGCUACAGAAUCUCCGAUCAUAUUCCGGCGAAGACGUAUUGCCUGAUGCCAGGGUUGGACGUUUUAUCAUACCCUUAGAUGGGAGCCCAAAGGGAGAAUUAAUGGCAGCAUUAGACCCAAAUGAACAUGGCAAGGGCAUGGACAUGUGCAGCAUCAACCCUGCCUACUUGGGGAAGAAGUACAGAUAUGCUUAUGCUUGUGGGGCCCAGCGCCCUUGCAAUUUCCCCAACACCCUCACAAAGAUUGAUUUGGUGGAGAAGAAAGCCAAGAACUGGUACGAUGAAGGUGCUGUUCCCUCCGAACCCUUCUUUGUAGCUAGGCCGGGUGCUACCGAGGAGGAUGACGGUGUGGCAAUCUCCAUGAUUAGCGAUAAAAAUGGCGAAGGAUAUGCAUUGUUGCUUGAUGGAUCCACCUUUGAAGAGAUCGCCAGAGCCAAGUUCCCGUAUGGCCUUCCGUAUGGCCUCCAUGGAUGCUGGGUUCCGAAGAAUUAAGAAGAUCCAAUUAUCAAGCAAAAAAUAAAAAAAAAUCAUUGUAUAAAAUGACAGUGCAUUGGUUCAUGGUCUUCAAUGUGUAUAAGCAGCAAGAGAAUAGCUCUGAUGCAACACGGUGUUGGGUCCCGUUGGCUCGACCCAGAGCAUCUGUAGGUUUGGAUGUUAGCUACUUCGUAGUAGCUUUCAGGUUCGCUCGGACCAGGGCAUCUGUAGUUUUGAUGUAGCUACUUUUAAGUAGCUUUCAGGUGUUACGUGGUGUAUGUGUGUAGAAGUUACAUGAGCCCGCACGUGUGGAGCCGUUCAUCCACACGCAGGCACAGCUUAUGCCAAUAUGGCACGCGUGUAUGGGGUUCAAGAUUUCCAUCAGGUGAGACACUGUUUAGAUCUAGUGGCCUACAACAGGUUGUUCCCCUCCUCAGGUGGGCCAGUGUGUAAGACAAAUGGACAGUCUCUUUGUUUUGUACAGUGUGACCCAGUGAGUGAGACUGGCCUGUUUUACAGGCAAGAUCUAAACUGCCCCACAUGAUGGAUCGGACACUGCACGUAAGUGCCAUAUUGGCACGUGUGCUUGCAUGUGGGUGCAAGGUCCACACGUGUGUGGACUUGGCCACCCUCAUUUGUGUAAUAAUCAAAGUUAGUCAUGUAUGUAGAUGGCCAUGUAUACGUGAUUGUGCAAAUCAAUGCAUCCAUUGUUACAUUUGUUGGAAUGAACUAAGGUUUGAAGUAUUGUGACAAAUCAGUACAUAACAGCAUCGUCCAUGAACAAUACGGCUGUAUCAGCCCAAAAAUAAAAUAAAAAAUGGCUCAGUGGUGCAUUUCAAUACUGAGGUCAUGGGUUCGAAUGCCCAUGUAAGUAGAUACGUUUCAACGCUGAGGUCAUGGGUUCGAAUGUCCAUGUGGUGUGGGGUGUGUGUUUAAAAAAUAAAAAAUAAACACACAAGCGAGUUAUUUGAUACUCCAGCUCUAGUACACUUGAUAUGCAGGCAUCACAUGUUGUACAUAAGGUGUAUAUCAACUCAACCCAGUCACUAAGUCACAGCGCCAAAAUCACAUUGAUUGAACAAUCCCAAACUCUGGUUUGCGGACGCUUGAAUGUUGAAACAGAACCAUUGGAUAUUUUUCAAUUUUAACCAUAGUUUAAAUGUCGGCCUAUCUGACAGCCAGGUGAUCCAAUAAUCUAACUAUUGGUUGAUGAUACAUCUAAACUGGGACCCAUACCUUGGAAAGUUCAGUUUAAAUUACUAGGAUGCCAACUAAUCCAAUUUCUAAGUCAUCUCUCAAGUCGGCAUAUCAUCCAUCACACCCUGCUAAAGUUAUUCUUGAGAAUACAAAAAAUGAGGGGACAUGAAGCCAUUUGAAUUUAGAAUGGCCGACAUGAUGGUGAUGAUUAUGGCCAUAUUGUGUAAAAAGGCACUGACAUCUACACAGCCAGCAUGUUGAUAGAUCAACAGGGGAGGGUGCAAAUGGAUCCCAAAAACAAGUUCAAUGCG